AAUGGACACCUUCACGAAGUGUUCCGUAUGUCAUCAGGAGUUUACACUGAAAGGUCCAGUCCCCUACUUACUACCCUGUCUACACGCCGUGUGUGAGAAGUGUGUGACAUCUGCGGCUGGUGGUGUGAUAUCAUGCUCCACGUGUCAGAGGGAGGUCAACCUCACAGACACAAGUCUCCAGAAGGAUGCAGUCAGACAGAAGGAAAUAUUCUACCUGACCGUCAAACAACGCCCCACAGAGCUCCUCUGUACAUAUGAAGAUGACGGGAACCAGGCUGUGUGUUGGUGUCAGGAGUGUGAAGAGUUCCUCUGUGAAUACUGCCAGAACAUGCACAGCAGCGUCAAAAUUUUCAGAAAUCAUGCUGUGCACAACUUUGGGGAUAUAACCCCGCAAAACCUUGAAAAUGAAACCAAUUGCAGUAUUCACGAACGGUAUCCACUUGAUUUGUUUGACAAAAACUGCAACAUGUGUAUCUGUUCCCAAUGUAGGAGAGGGGAGCACGCGGAUCACGAGGUUGGUUACCUGGAUGAAGCUGCUGAAGGAGUUACACAGCGGAUUGAACAACACAGGAAAGAUCUGUCGGCGUUACUGUCUCGUCAGCAAACACACCUUCAGAGCAUCAGACAAGAAACACAGUUGACCAAUAGGACGCAGGAAACAUUGAGGAAGACAAUAGAACAUACUUUCCGGUCUUUAAGAUCACAACUUGACCAAAGGGAGAAGGAACUCCUGAUUGAUCUUGAAAGUCAGACGAGGGAAACCAAGGCAACUCUACAUGCUCUUGAAACCUCAUGUGAAGAUCAUCAUGCAAGAUGCACCGACAUUUCAGGUUACAUCCGAAAAUGUCUUCUCUAUGCUUCAACAUCGGUCCUGCUGCAGCUGGAGACCAAUGUUGAGGGGAUGACUCGGACCUGCCUAGAAACUGCUUCACCUGAAACACAUGAUGUACCUGAAGCUGUCUUCAACACCAAUGGCUUGUCCAAACUGAAAUCAGAUAUGUCUGGAUUUGGUAACAUCGCUGCCUUGGAAGAAGAUUCAGAAGGGGGAACACCUGAUGACAAGCACACACAAACUGAUGAUGACUAUUUGGCGGACCUUGAACAGAAACACGAAAUGGACCUUGCAAAGCUGGAGUCAAAUAUUGCUUCACACAAUGAAAGAACUGAACAACUUCAGCAGCUAACAGACAAGCUGAAUGCCGAAGCAAACAACAUGAAAUUGAUGCUAGCUGAGAAAGACAAAAGCUGCCAGGACGCCUUAGAAACCAUUGAUCGUCUACAAACCCUGAUUAGAUUCACAACUGAAGGCUGUGUUCAUCUGCUGAAGACAGGUGUAGCAGACAGACGCAUGGUCCUGCAUUGUUUACACCUAAAGUAUGACAAAGACAGAGUCAAUCUGGCCGAAGUCCACAUCAACACAGAAGGAGACCUGGUCAACAGGGAGUCGGACACCAGACCUGCAGGGGAGGGGAGACUGAAGAACUACAGUGGCACAUGUAGCACUGCCCCCCUCCCCCGGGCUGGCUGUCCCCAGUACUGGGAGAUGAAAUCUAGGGUCAGCCUGGAUGAAACACUCAGAUGGGACUGGCUCAUCCUGGAGGUUGGUGUGUGCAGGGAGGAGGAGAGGGACGUGUGUCUUUGGCUAGGUGGAAGUCCCGGCUCCUACAGCAUGACCGUCGCCAACUGUACUACACACGGCGGGAUAUGCAGGACGACAUGGAAGGAGGGGAAGUGUGUACUGCAUCUGCCUGACACUCUCCCCAACACAGCAGGGACAUCACACACACUACAUUACGGUGUUGUCUAUGAUGACGCCAGGAAGAAGAUUGUCUUCAUUGAUGUGAAGGAGAAUAAAGUGAUAUCGACGUUAGACAAUGUAGACUCUAGUCAGCCACUGUGGCCGAUGUUCGGGGUGUAUAACCCACGUGGCCUCACUGUCAGCAUGACACUUGUAGUGGGCAGCGACAUCAACAUGACAGAGGAGAAGAAAGCAAUGAUUGUCAAGGCACUGUCGUCAUGGUGACAAUGAUUGUCAAGGCACUGUCGUCAUGGUGACAAGGAUGGUGAUUAUGACACAUUGUGAAUGUUAAGGAGUUGGGGUUUUUUAAUGAUAGUUAUCAAACUGAAUGAAAUAUACUCAGUACAUAAAUUAACUGGGAAUUAUAUUUGAUACAAGGGAUUAUUUGGAGAAGUUCUGGAAAUAGUGGGGCAGUGGGGUAGCCUAGUUGUAAAUGUUUUUGCUCGUCACGCCGAAGACCUUGGUUCGAUUCCCCACAUGGGUACAAUGUAUGACGCCCAUUUCUGUGUCCCCCCUCUGUGAUAUUGCUGGAAUAUUGCGGCGUAAAACCAUACUCACUCACUCACUGGAAAUAGGGCCACUCAACAGUGCCACACUAUGUGUAUUUAGAGCCUUUGGCGUUGAUAAUUUUGAACUACGGGUAAUUGAGUGAGGUCUUUUUUGUUUGAUAUGAAAUAUGUUGAAUUCAAUGCGUGUAUUUAGGAAAAACAUCGAAUGUAUGUUUAAAGACGCCUUCAGCAUUUCUUUAGGGUAUUUCGCAACAACAGUAAGAGUGAGACUUUGUUUCCUUGCAUUCGCUUCAACGGAUGAAACUCCCGGACAUAGUUUAACCAUGCUUCAAUGAUUACUGAUGUGUCUGCGAGUGUAGUUUUACGCGUCUUGAAACAACAUUUUCGCAAAAUCACACCAGGGAACACCAGAAAUUUACUUCCAAGAUUUUACCCAUGCAUGUGUGGAAUCGAACCAGGGUCAGUGGUCUGACGAGUGAAUGCUCUGAACCACUGAACCACCCCACCGCCCCUGGUUAUUGUGGAAAUAUUGGUAAACUAUCCUGUAAUGUUGUACACCCGUUUCUUAUAAGACUUAUGAAUGCACAGCGCUUGUAUAACAUGUAUGCUCAUAUCUGACCUGUGAAGAUCCGGGAUAGAAUAGGUCUUCAGCAACCGAUGUUUGCCGUGAACGGCGACUAUGCUGUCGUGAGAGGCGACUAACGGGAUCGGGUGUUCAGGCCUGCUGACUUGAUUGAUGCAUGUCAUCGAUCCCAAGUGCGUGGAUCGAUGCUCAUGUUGUAAAUCACUGGAUUGUCUGGUCAAGAAUCGCUUAUUUACAUACCGCCGUCAUGUAGCUGGAAUAUUGCUGUGGGCGGCGUUAAACAACAAACAUCCCCUAUAGCUCUACGAUGAUCUAUGAUUUUAUUACAAUAUUAUUUUCUUAAUAUUAAAAUCGUUUGUCUCCAUGGCAAAAGGCUUGAAAUGGAAUAGAAGGGUGGAAUAACUCAAUAGUUGUUUUAUAUUUAUUGACUUCUUUUGGAACGAUGUAUGCUAAUUAAAACAUUGUAAACUGACGGAAGGCAUGGAUCGAGUUCCAUGCCGAGGUUAUAAAGCUUUCAGUCUUUCUCAUAAAAAAUUAAGAUCAAUUCGUUUAUACCUUUAUUUGUUAGAUUUCCGCUUAGAUUUAAAUGUGAGUCAUGUAUACAGGUAUCUAUACUUAUGUUUAACUGCUUUAGAAGGACUUGUACAUACAUAUCAAACUCCUUCGCCAUUUGCGUAGACAGAUGAACCUAGUAAAGUGCCUGUUAAUGAAUAAAUUUAACCAAUUCA